GGCAUUCACGUCGACCGACUCCGGGAAACAACCCAACCCUACGACACACACGCAGAACGAGUCGAGAGAGAGGAGGAGGUGGAGGAGGAGUAGUGCCAGGGCACGCCUCACACACACACAUACAAUUCUGUCCCACAGCGGGUUUGUCUUCUGCAGCUGCGUUUGGCGUUCAGGUUCCUGAGGAGCGGCACACGGCCAACGCGAAAACGCCACCGACGAUGUUUCGGAACGCGCAGCAGCAGCUCCUGCUGCCUCUGUCCGUUUGCGUCCUGGGUCUCGUUGGUGUGGCCUGGGGGGAUGGCAACUGCCUGGCUCAUCAGACGGAGAGUGGGUUUUACAUCCCUGAGAUUCCGUGCAUCUGGCCAACCUUCUGCUGCGGUGACUGCAAUGGUGUCUACUGCUGCAUCUCUAACAGCCUGCGCAUCAGUGACUUUCAUCAGCAGAUCUGCAACAUGUUCCACAUGAGACCGAACAUGUUCAUGGGCAUCAUGGGGGGAGUCGGAGUCCUGUUGCUGUUGCUGGUGGUCCUCAUCUGCUGCCGCUGCUGCUCUUGUUGCUACUAUUACCGCCACCGGCAGCAAUCCUACACACACGUGCACAUCCAAGAGCCUCAUAACGGAGAGGUGUUCCCAGGGAACCAGACUCUCUAUCCCCACCAGCCCGCCUACUACAUUCCCCCCAAUGCCAACUAUGGGCAGUACCCUCACCCUCCGCCUCCUGCCCCCGCGGCCGGACAUCCUGCAAGACAGUGGCAAGGCUGAGCCCAGAGAGGCUAUGCGACGGGGGGGUGGGGGCGGCCUGGUACGAACGUGGAUGCAGCAGGUCAGUAGCCUGGCUCACCUGCUCAAGAAAGCACGGAGAGACGAAAGCAGAAGGGCUCAAGCAGAUGUUGCUAUUGUACAUAGUCCACGAAAUGGGUAUACUUUAAAUCUUUCGCCUUGCGAAUAAUAAUAAUUCUAUAUUGAUUUGAAGCUUUCGUGACUGCAGGAAUCCAUACUCUUUGGUUCUUUCGGUAAAGUCACCAAGUGGGUAUAAAAUAAAAUAAAUCACGGCGUUUCGGGCUUUCCCACCUGAUGACGGACGCUUGUGUUGCGUUUGAAACGUCGUGAUUAAUUUUAUUUUAUACCUACGUGACUUUACCGAAAGAACCAAAGAGUAAUAAUUCUAUAUACAGCACUCCAUUAUACUCUGUCCUGCCAGCAGAUGGGAGCACAAUCUUUCAGUUUUUUGUGUGUUUUUUUUAAGUAGGCCAUAAUAGGAACUGAUCGGUGUUCUAACAUUGAAAAAAACGUUUGCGGUCCUAAUUUCUUUGCACGAUAAGCUAUUCAAAAGAAUAACGUAAGAUGUUUUAACUUUAACAUUGUGGGCAUUUUAAACCAAAACAACGUUUCAAUGCCUCUGGUCAUACAGAUAAUUAAGAUAUAUUCGGUCUCAGCACGUGCUUAUCCAGAGAUGAAUGCGAGUGGUACGGCACAGACGUGUAUGUUCAACCUCUUUCGCACUGUACGUAGCCAGCCGUGUCAAUUGGAGGUGCGGGAAAGGACAACAAACUAAGAAAGACAACUCACACAGUACAAUUGAACAUAAUAUUUCAUAUGCAAUGUUUUACAUGUGUUGCUGUUUGCUAGCAAUAGGUCGGCGUGGGGAUAUCGUUUCAAUAAAAGUUUGACAAAAAGGAACCUUU